ACGUGGACAACGACGGUCUUGGUGGCGCCCGAACAUCUCAGUGCGGUGGCACCCGGUUACUCCGUCCAUCGUCCUCCCGCUGCGGCCUCUUGCUGUAUUCGGCAUCCCCACGUCUGCUCCUGCUCUACAACCCUCCUCGGCUCCUCCGUUCCGUCCUCCUCCUCACCGCAAUCCGAGUCGCCCCGCGCGUGCGCACUCCGCCCCGGGAGGCGAGAUCCAAACACAACCCGUACCACCGGGAUCUCGCGCGGGCGUGCCCCGACGGCGGCCGGGAGGAGGGAACAGCCGCCAUGGAGGCAUCUUCGUGGGACGCCCUCCGCAAGCAGGCAAGGAGGCUGGAAGCUCAGCUAGAUGACCAAAUGAAUGCAUACCGUAAAUUGGUUUCUAUGAAAUCUGAUGGUUCAGAGAAUGACAUCGAGUCUGAUAUAGAAAGAUCACUGAAGCAACUUCAGCAUGUAAAUUCUCAAAUGCAGACCUGGGUAUCAUCAGGAGGCUCAGAAGUCCUAUCUCACACCUUGACUCGUCAUAUGGAGAUUCUGCAAGAUCUUACACAGGAAUUCUAUCGCCUUCGAUCAAGUCUAAGAGCAAAGCAACAACACACUUCCCUCCUUGAUUUGAGAGAUUUUGACAGAGCAAGCUUUGAUGUUGAAGAGGCUGCAGAUUCCUCUGAUCAAUCUCUCCUAAGAGAACAAGCAGCAAUCAGCCGGAGUACUGGACAGAUGGAUAAUGUGAUAUCACAUGCUCAUGCAACCCUAGGUGCACUUGUGUCGCAACGAUCGACAUUCGGUGGAAUUACUACAAAAAUUAGCUACGUUGGCAGUCGGCUCCCUACGAUCAAUCACGUCCUUUCAUCAAUCAGAAGAAAGAAAUCGAUGGACACGAUUAUUCUUUCCCUAGUUGCCUCUGCUUGUGCAUUUCUUAUUUUUAUCUGUUGGUUGUCAAAGUAAUCUUGUCAAAUCAAGGCGUUAUAGUGUUCUGAGCUUGGAUAAGUAGUAUACAUGCUAGCCAUAGGUGUUUGUACAAUAUUACUUGAAUGUUGUUAUAAUUCUAAUUAUGUUCAAGCAACCUCAGACUACUACUCAGAUUGAGCUAUUUCACCGACAUUUUACACGCGACUCAGUAAAGAAUUACUUAAAUUGUUCAGAAUA